CAACAACCACCAACAGGCUACAACACAAUACCUCAAGUAGAUAGACUUUACUUUUUGAGGACUUGUUGAUAGACUUUACUAUUCUUUUUGAGGACUUUCUUUUCGAUCUGCAACAAUGAGAUCUCUUCUAUCGACAUACAUAUUAAUCUGUAUAUGCUUCAAGUGUAUAAUAUCUUCUUCGCUUGUAACCUCCCUUGAUGGCGACAAAUUAAAUGAAUUUGAGUACAUUUUAAAAAGACAAAGAGUCGAUAAUUCUGAAGGACAAGAUUCGAAAGAACGUCGAAGUGAAAAGGGACAGUCAUUUAUAAGAUACGGCCGUAGCCAAUCUGAGAACGGUAUGGACACUGAUACGGAAGAAGUGAAAGUUGAUAGACAUCCACGAUGGAAAUCGCCGGAUAUUGUUAUUCGAUUUGGUCGAUCGGAUAUAAAAAAUAUUCAUCCUGGUCGAUUCUACGAAGAAGCAAACACUUUGAAUAUUAUCAGGAACGAAUUAUACUCUAUAUGCUCGGAUAUGUUAGCGGCUGCAACGAGUGGUAACAAGGACGAACGAUCUUACAUACCAAGGAUAUUACGCUUUUGUAAUACGAUAGGAGAAUGAAUAAAUUGAAGCAUCUACGUACACACACACAUAAAUACAUACAUACAUAUAUACAUAAGUGCGGUACUAUAUAUCGGCAUUACACGACUUCUAUGCAAUUUUGCGGAAAAAACUCGAAAGAAAUCAUAACUAAACGAACUUAUGAUUUUUAAUAUAAACGAUUAAAUUAAUUCAACAUGAUUAUUUUGUUAUUAAUUUUCAAAAAGAUUCAACAAAUAUCUUGUGAUCGAAUUGAUUUAUGUAUAAGGUAAUUAUUUAUUUGAAGAAGUUGCAUCAAUGAA